GCGUGGGAAAGUUGUCGUAGCAAAUGUGCCACGUCUGCUAGGAACGGGGAGUCAUGAACGUGCCCGAGGCCGCCGUCCUUAAGCCUCCAGCUACGUUCUUAGCUCCAUGAGGUCGGGGGCCCUUUCUCUGUUUUUGUAGGAACUUCUUUCCUUUUGCAGCAAGAUGAGGCUUUUCCUGUGGAACGCGGUGCUGACGCUGUUGGUCACUUCUUUGAGUGGGGCUCUGAUCCCUGAACCAGAAGUGAAGAUCGAGGUGCUCCAGAAGCCUUUCAUCUGCCAUCGCAAGACCAAAGGGGGGGACUUGAUGUUGGUCCACUAUGAAGGCUACUUAGAAAAGGAUGGCUCCUUAUUUCACUCCACUCACAAACAUAACAAUGGUCAGCCCAUUUGGUUUACCUUGGGCAUCCUGGAGGCUCUCAAAGGUUGGGACCAGGGCUUGAAGGGAAUGUGUGUAGGAGAGAAAAGAAAGCUCAUCAUUCCUCCUGCCCUGGGCUAUGGAAAAGAAGGAAAAGGUAAAAUUCCCCCAGAGAGUACACUGAUAUUCAACAUUGAUCUCCUGGAGAUUCGAAAUGGACCGAGAUCCCAUGAGUCAUUCCAAGAAAUGGAUCUUAACGAUGACUGGAAACUCUCUAAAGCUGAGGUUAAAGUGUAUUUAAAGAAGGAAUUUGAAAAGCAUGGUGCAGUGGUGAAUGAAAGUCAUCAUGAUGUUUUGGUGGAGGAUAUUUUUGAUAAAGAAGAUGAAGACAAAGAUGGAUUUAUAUCUGCCAGAGAAUUUACAUAUAAACAUGAUGAGUUAUAGAGACACACGUGCCCAUUUUAUAUGGCACACAUCCUUAAAGACAGGGCAACCAUUUGUAAAGGAAGUCUUAUUUUUAAAUAAUGUGCUGUUCUCACUCGGUUUUUUAUUUUUAUGUAUUUUUCUGAAUAUCAUUCAGAAGAAGCCCUAGAAUUCCUAAGUGCCCAUUUCUUUCUGGUGAGUUAUUGGGAAGAAAAAAUUAACUUGUUUUUGAAUAGAAGACUUCUGGAUCAUUUUCCACUUUCACAUAUAAAGCCUUCUGUUUUACUUGCUUACUCGUAAUUUUAAAAUAUUGCAGCUGGGAGCAUGCCCAACAUAAGAACAGGUUACAACACAAAUCAGCUCCCUCUAUUUCUUUUUCCCUUAUUUUAUCCAAGUUAGAUACUGACAUUUGAAAAGCCAUGUGCGAUAGCCCAAGGCUUACUAUUUUUAUGUUAUAAUGAAACGGUGUAUCUGUAACUGCUUUUGAGUCUGCUUAAGCAAGAGGAAAGUGGUUGUUGAACUGGCCUUAUUAACAGUUACUGCCCCACUGAGAUGUGCAAUGCUGAAGUGAGUCACAAACUUAAUGAAAUAUGUAUACAUUGAAACGUUCUGCCCAGGACCUAAUCUGUAUGAACUUCCGUUCCUAGUGACUAAUAACCUCUAAUGACUAAUAGGACAAAUUAUGUGUUUCUGGGUCUUUGUAAUAAUGUGCCAGAGUUUGGAGCUGAGGUAGAGUUAUGUUUAUUCAGUGUUUCCUUUUUAAGUGUGGCUGAUGACCCUUCCUGGUUUAUUAAAUAAAAUCUCUAUGUAGUAUAUUAUACUACAAUAACAUUGUAUUAUGAGAGAAAUUUAUAAGCCAAUCAAAAAUUUCCCAUUUCUGCUUAUCAAAAAAUGACACAGACUCACAGCAACUACUGUUGCAUAGAAAUCUGUCCUAGGUGAAAAAAUAGAAGAUUUACUAAUUUUACCUGAAAUUGGCUUUUAUCCUUAAUAUGUUAAAAAAAAAAAAAAAGUCCCUGAAUCUCCAUUUACUAAGAAUAGUUCCUUAUCGUUCCAAAGGGAUCUCAAGUACAUUGUUGUCUUUGGUUUUCAUCUCUCUGAAGCCUCUGAACAAAGCUGGUGGAUCUCAGUGUACCUAUUUUAGAGAUGAGGACAUUAUUCUUCAAAGAAAUUGAUUGUUUUGCCUGAGGUCAGGCAACUUGGCAACCAGAUCGAAGUUCCCUAAUUCAUCAUCUUAUAUUGCCCUCUACUAUUGAAAAAGCAAAAUUUUCCUUUGACUUCAUUGGGCCUAAUUCUCUCUUCAAUUUGCUCUCCUAGCAGUCUACGCUGUUUUUUGGUUUUGUUCUGUU